GCUUUUGCUGUCGACGGGAAAGAAGAAGAAGAAGUCACAAGAUGAUCAACAUACAGCUCCGCUGGCCUUUGCCUUUGGCCUUUUCGACUUUAUGUUUUGGUUACGUAUAAUCUUGUCGGCUUCGUGCCGUGCAUUUCUGCGCAUAUGGAUUUGAAAAAUACACUGCUUAGCGAAAUUUUUCGAUCAGCGAGUAAAUGUAGUCCAGAGUUUGUGGAGUGGAGAGGCAAAGAAGCCUUUUGUGUAGCUUGUGUUUUCGUUUUGAUGUUUUUUGCAGUACCCUGACAAGUUGAAAAAGAUGGACCAGCGGCAACCUUUAGGCGCCGAGGUUCGGAUCACCACCGCCGACAAGGAGAUACAUGAGGGAGAGCUUUUUUGGUACAUCUAUGGAUUUUCGUGCUAGAAAGGUAGUUGGAGUUAUUUCACUGCAGAUCGAUGACUGUAAUGCUGAUUUCUGUAAAAAAUCUAUCAUCUCCAAACACCAGGUACGACAUAAAAGCUGGCGGGAUGCUUUUGCAGAAAAAGAUUCCUGGCACCAACACGGCGCACUUCACUUGGAUUUCCGAUGAAUUUGUGACGAACGCCAAAGCGCUCAAGCGACCUCCAGAGAGUCCGCCCUCCCCACUGCCCGCGCUAGAUUUUGACGCUCUUCGCGAGCGCCUCGAAGGAACGCUGGAAUGGAAUCGCGCUUCCUGUGUAGUCUCGCCCACAGCAGCGGCUGCCGCUCAGCGUGGGCCAGGAACCACUUCUUCUUCCAACAAGUAAGAGUAGCCUACUGUGUCGCUAUCGGCAAAGACGAUGUGGGGAAAAACUCCGCUUCAGCAGGAGCUGCCUCCGUCUCAGGACCUGCUUGUUUUCCUGUGAUUCGCAAAGAUAUUUUCUUCUGAGUACGCAGCCCCAAUUGACGAUUGUAUAUUUCAUUCUUGUGCCAGAAAGAACAGAAAGACUAAGACAAAUAUGACGAUUCAUGUCGCUGGGUAAUCUUCUCCCUUCUAGGAUGCUGAUUCAUGCGAGUUCAGCUCUGAGUUUCAGAUUUUUGCUUGUCCAUAGUGACCGGAUUAAGUUUGGCAUUGCUAGCUCCUGUAGGUUUUUGUCACGCAUGGAACAGAGACGCACGCCAUGCGCAUCGGAAGGCCACACUUUUCAACGUGGACGUACUUAUGAUCUCGCCGAAUCUUGUUGUUCGAAGAA